GAGCACAUCAAACAAUUCCGGAUGACAAAUACGGAAGGUUCAACGCUGAAAUGUCCCAAGUCUACGGUUGGUACGGUAAAGGCCAGCGAGAAUAUUGUUCAGGAGACAAUACUCACAGCUGUCUUCUCCGGUUCAUUCGGUUGAUCAGAUUUUUAUCUUCGCAUCAUAUAUUUCUUUUUUCCUGAGAUCCCUUUUGCUCUGUGUCUCUAAUUUUGGAGUCUCUUUUGCGGAGAAUUUUGGAUUCCUUUUGAUUCCACUUCUUCGAAUAUCCAGAGAGGCCGUUCUGGAUUAAAUAAAUGGCAAUUCGGACAGCCCAUAUUUCCCUUGCUGUUGCAGCAUUUGGUGCGCUGUCCUUCGUACUUGGAGUAAUUGCUGAAAAUAAGAAGUUUGAACUGCUGAAGCCAUUGAACAAACAUGGUAUCAGAGCAAGACGUUGCUCUCUAAAUCUGCUCCUCUCUGAUCGUGACUUCCUUUUUCUUCUUUCUGGACUGAAAAUGGAGAACACAGACUCGACCUAGUUUUGAGAACACUUCGGUCCUUCUUCCUCUGCUCAGAACUGUUUUUCAAGAAAAUAACUCCAAAAGUAAGUGGAUGGUCGACUGAAGCUCUCCAUCGAGGUUGGUUACCUUUUUUUUCUUCUGUUGGUAUUUCUACGUUGAAAGCCUUCAAAAAAAUCUGCUUGGACUGAUUAGAACCUAAAGAACUAGGUUGUUUGUAGCCUUGGUUCUUGGAAAAAAGUCCAAGAACAGGUUGUGUUUACAGUGACCGAAUGGUGUAAGGAUAUGUUUGACCCUUUUGUGUGGGUCUGUAGAUUGUUUUGAAACCUUUGUUGGUCACAAGUGACCUGAAUCGACUGACAGGUUACUGCAGUGGGAGUAGUUGAUGUUUUUUUUUGGACUUGUAGUGCCCUCUGAAAAGGUCAGAUAGACCUGUACCAUGUGUGACAGUUAUGGUCGUGUGGUGGUGUUUGUGAUGCUCAUCCUCUAUUGAGCAACUUCAAGAGUGCUUGUAUGUGGUUAGUGAGCUGCUGAAUUAAUGUCAUUGUGAUUUAUGGUUCUGUGAAAUCAAUAGUGGUGUGAACAAGAACAGAAGUUUGUGUUUUUUUUUGGCUAGAAGGAAUGAGUGAAUUGCCUACAUCAAUUUUCUUCCUUGUUGGUGCUGUCUGAAUGCUGGUUUACCUUUUGUUCAUAAUCUAAAUGGUAGUUUACACAGUGGUGAUUGAUUGUGACUGGUUGUGAACUUAUCAUCUGUGUUUGGAGAUUGCUGUAGUGUCUGGAACAUCAAACUCCUGACAGCAAUACUCGGUUGGUGACUGGGGAUUCAGCAUUAGAAGUAGCAUUGGGAGGGCAUCUUGGCAGCAACUGGAGAUGGUUGUAGUGAUCAGAAACCUAGUGUGGUGAUUCCCUCUGACUAUUUGGGUGUGCAUAUGACUUCAAUUAAACUUAAUGGUGAGAAUUAUGUGCCAUGGGCCAAGUCAGUAGAAGUUUUUCUCAAGGCAAAGAGAAAAGUGAAGCAUGUGAAGGAAGAUAAAACCAUCAACUGACUCUUCAGGGUUUGAUGACUGGGAAUAGGAAGAUGCCCAACCAUGACAUGGUUAUGGAAUAGUAUGGAACCCAAAAUAAGUGCCAACUUUAUGUUCUUAGAUACAGCUAAGGACAUAUGGGAACAUGCCAAGAAGCUUUAUUCUAGGCAGGAUAAUACUACAAGGGUAUAUCAACUCUAUCAGGAGUAUUUUGAUCUGCAACAAGGGAAUAAAACCCUAGAAGAGUACUAUGCCAAUAUGAAAAACCUCAUAAAUGAACUAAAUGUCUAUCAUCCCCUAACUCUAGAUGUUAAGGUUCAACAACAACAGAGGGAGCAACUGGAUGUCACUAGGUUCUUAGUGGGGCUGAAAUCAGAGUAUGAACCAGUUAGGCCCAAAUUUUGGGAGGUUCUACUCUUCCUACACUUGAGGAAGUAUUUGCAAAGGCUUCGCAGGAUCUCCUUGGGUUCUAUAGAGAGUACCACACUGUCUGAUAGAUCAGGAUUUGUGGUAGCCAGAGGAGGUGGACGUGGUAAUAGAGGGGGAGGACAUGGAUCUCGAGGAGGUUGUGGUGGUUCUAUAUUUGGCCGUGGUGGUGGUUGUGACUCAAGGGGAGACCGUGGUAAAGGAAAAGGUAACUCUACUAGGAAGUGUACCCAUUGUGGCAAGGAAGGACAUUCGGCGAAUUUUUGUUAUAAUCUCCAUGGCCCACCUUCUACAUGGGAAAAUCAUGCGGCAGCUGGUGGGGUUGAUGUCAGUGAUAACCAACAGCCAUAUCUCACACCUUCCACAUCUACAUUUAUUUCUAAGAAGGAGAUGAUGAGUGUACCGCGCGAUGAGUAUGAGAGGUUCCUUCAAACUACUUCACAACAUACUACUGCCACCAUUGCUCACUCAGAUAUUGCUUGUCUGGCAUCCAAACCCUCUCCCUGGAUUAUUUACUCUAGAGCCUCUGAUCACAUGACCGGGACUCCAGGAUCUCAAGACUGAGAAGAAGAUUGGUGGAGGGCAUGAAGCUGGCGGAUUGUAUUAUCUUAAUGAUGGUGGAUCAUUAAUUGCACUUCAAACUUCCCUCACUCCUCUAUAAUGGCAUUGUCGGCUGGGACAUCCAUCCCUUUAGGCACUCAAGAUACCGGUUCCGUCUUUGAGUCAUUUGUCGUCUUUACAGUGUGAGUCGUGUCAAUAUGGGAAACACCAUCGUGUUUCCU